CCGACUUUGCCAGGAAGUGCAAUGUUAUAGAACGAUGCAAGAUACACUAGCGAAGCAUUAAACCUUGCAACAAUUCUUACCUUCACUGUCUAUCAAGUUUUACCUCACCGCUGAAUAUACAGGUCUUUAACGGCCAAUAUCAUGGCCCAUCUUGAUGUGGUCAGCGUCACUGUUAUCGGUAAGGAUACAGUCAAGCUGUUGCCGAAAGAAGAUGCUUCAUUUCUAUUCCACUUAUUCACGAAUAACGCUUCCAUUCGUAUGUGUUGCGACUUCCCUUGCGAUUUUGAUGGCGCCCACUUGAUUGAGAGUUUAAGCUCUCAAAGCUGCCGUUUCUCGUCCAACACCGUGCAUGAUUACGGAAAAGAAGUUGCGGGGGGAUUCACAAUGAUAGUAACCAAGAAACAAGAGGCACGCGCGGCAAUUGUCGUCAUUUUGAGCGAUUUCCAGCUUGUCACUACGACGAUUGCAAUGUCAACAUGGACGACUCUCGACAGCUUUCGUUGGACGCAAACAUGGCAAAUGAGCUAUAGCCUAGAGAGAAUUUGCGCGAUUUAAGCUAACUGCAUACUCUGUUAGCGAGCAUGUUAUGAUAGUGAAAAAUGCCGCAUGUGUUCCGAACAAGGAAAACGUAUGAGCUGUAAUAUUGCGAAGUCUACCUGUGAGCUACGAUAGCAUUGUUCAGGGCGUUUCUCAUGUUCAUUGAAAGUUACAGUACUGCUAACCUCGUCGGAGAUGGGAUUGUUAAACAUGCAUGUCAGCAAGAGUCAUUGCUUCUAAAUGAAGCGACCUGGAUAAAUUGUGCGCUGGCACAUAAUGGAUAAACAGCACGGGCGAAGGAUCAAGCCUUUUCUAUCAGCUUUCUACGGCUGCAGUUAGUCGGGCUGCUAUGCGCGAGAUACCGUGCGGGUGGGCGCAAUUCGGAUACGUACCAUGACCAGUCAAACGUUGCAUUUUGCGACGCGGAAGAAUUAAACUUCAUGCACAGGUAAUGGCUGCAAAGAUAUACGGACUACACGGAUACAACA